AUGAAUCCUACAAGUGCCACCAUCACUCACAUCCUGGAAACCCUUACAUCUCUAGUAAGGUACCCUUCGUAUCGCAAGGCCCGACCCUACCCACAAGAUGGAUCAACUCCCGUUCACCCCAUCGCAGGAGGCGACCACCUUCAGACCCAGUACUCCGGAAAUUCGCAAUUCACGACCGGAUACUGGGAAGAUAUCAGCGGAUCCUGGGAUGAUCCCAAUACCUCCGUCACCACCGACGUUCAACAGUUCUACACCGACGAGUACAGCCGACUCAUCAGUGUACGAACUCUGGAGAAAGAUGAUGGAAACGCCGCUAAUAAAGCAGAAUGGCGAGGAACCACCUUUGAAGGAAUCAACAACCCUUUCCUCCUUACCCAGGGAGUCGGUCAAAAGGGAGGAUGUACCACAGUCGGUAGAACCGACACAGGAGGACAUCGAAGAGAUGAACCUCCAGGGUUGACCAGAAAUGCUGGACCAAUGCUCCAGGCCUCAGAACUCGGAGGGGGAAUUCACUCCCCCACUGAGAUUUCAAGAGAGGCAUGGGGAGUCCACACCGGACCCAGUACCUCCUCAUGGGAACAAUCCCUCAAGGGAGAAGUCUCCAGGUGGAGCCCAGGCACCGACUCCUCCUACAAAAUGGAAGUCAUCCGAUUCGAAUCCGAAGUCGCCUCAAAAAGAUCUGACUACCUCUGUAGCCAGGUAUAUCAAUGGUAUCACCAGGUCGCUCUCAGACUUGCAUGUAGGAUCCACCAGUUGGCCAGGAAAGAAAGAGGAGUGGCCGAGGAAAAAGGGAUACUGGAUAGGGGAUCGCUCAUUCCAGUGGAUUCCUGGAUCACCCCCGAGGAGGGAUCCUGGGAUCUACCCCUCAUGUCAUCUGACUCAACCGCCAGCGACACCUGGCAUUCCACAGCUGGGGAUGGUUGGGAAUCACCCUGGCCGGACACCUCAUACGAGGCCAUAUGGCCCAACCCAAUGGCCAGGACACACAUCAAUGAGAACCUAUGGGACUCACUCUCUACCCCCUUAUUCGUGGGGGAAGAAUACCGAACAGUCCCAGAGACAGAGAAAGGCAGCAAUACCCUUACCAACACCUCCUCGGAUAAUGACGAGACCAUCCGCAUCUUUGGUGCUGAAUUUCAGCACUGA